UUCUUUUUUCAUUUUUCCUCGAAGUUGAUUCCCAAUCUUCGCUCACACGAUCCAGUUCAAACUCCGUUCCCUGUUCUAUUAAAUAUCUGAUUGAUACUAUUAAACCCAGAAAAGUGUUGAUCAAAUUAAACUAAGUCCCAAAAGAGCAAAAAGAGAAUUCAAGGAGGCAGAAAGGAAAAGGAAAGAUAAGAAAAGGAAAAAGGAAAGCAGGUUGAAGUUGCUUGCUUUGUUUGGAUGGAUGCUUGAUUUUUUUAAAGAAUUUCAAAGGAAAGGGCUUUGAUUGCAUAGAAUUCAGAAGAUGGGUCUUGCUAGUUAUGCUGUUUGGGGCUUUUACUUUUGGAAAAACAAAAGACUACUGAAUUUAGUGAAACGGUAUGAAGAGUAAAUUUAAAGUGAAAAGGAGAGGCAUACUUAAGCAAAACUUAGAGAAGAUUAUGAACUGCCUUUGCUCUGGAGAGCAACCAAGGCCUGUGGAUGAAAUGGUACCUUCGUCUGAAUCUCUUGCAACCAAGGACUAUUCAUUAGGUGGUUAUUCUUCUAGAAAUGGUGAAGCAGACCAGAGGCCAGAUACCAGCAAUAUAGAAGAAGCUGAAUUAACCCUUCGUGAACGUGGUUCUUUGAACUAUGAGGAAGCAAGAGCAUUACUGGGAAGAAUUGAAUAUCAAAAAGGAAACAUAGAAGCUGCUUUACAUGUAUUUGAAGGAAUAGAUAUUGGUUCAAUAAUUCCCAAGAUGAAAAUUAGUCUUUCUAGAAAAGGAGCACACCGUAGGCGGCAUUCACAAAAUUUUGCCACCCCUCCAAUGUCUGUUCAUGCUGUCAGUUUGCUUUUGGAAUCAGUCUUUCUAAAAGCAAAAUCACUGCAGCAUCUUGGGAGGUUUAAUGAAGCCGCUCAAUCUUGCAAAGUUAUUCUGGACAUAGUUGAAUCUUCAUUACCAGAAGGCUUGCCUGAAAACUUUGCUGCUGACUGUAAAUUGCAGGAGACUCUUAACAAGACUGUUGAGUUGCUUCCAGAACUAUGGAAACUUGCUGAUUGCCCUCGUGAAGCAAUCCUGUCAUACCGGCGGGCUCUCCUUCAUCAAUGGAAUCUUGAUGCGGAAACAACUGCACGGAUUCAAAAGGAGUUUGCCAUUUUUCUUCUAUAUAGUGGAGGCGAAGCAUGCCCCCCAAACCUUCGCUCUCAGAUGGACAGUUCAUUUGUUCCUAGAAACAACAUAGAAGAGGCUAUACUUCUGUUGAUGAUACUGCUAAGGAAAGUUUCACUCAAAAGAAUUGAGUGGGAUGAAUCGAUCUUAAAUCACCUUUCUUUUGCUCUCUCAGUGUCAGGGGAUUUAAAAGCAUUAGCCAAUCAAGUUGAGGAAUUGCAUCCUGGUAUCAUCGGUCGAAGAGAAACAUUUUAUAUGCUAGCUCUUUGUUAUCAUGGUGCUGGUGAGGAUUUGGUUUCUCUGAACCUGCUUAGGAAAUUAUUACAUGUUAGAGAGGAUCCGAAGUGUGUCCCUGCCUUACUGUUGGCAUCAAAAGUUUGUGGAAAUAUCCCUAAACUUGCAGAAGAAGGACUAAAUUAUUCCCGCAGAUCCCUUGAAAACUUGGAAAGUGGAUGUGAAAAAUUGGAAAGUGUUGCUAAUUUUUUGCUGGGAGUCUUACUUUCAGCGUAUUCUAGAUCAGCUAUUGCUGAUUCUGAGAGGAUCGCAAGACAAUCUGAGGCAUUGCAGGUUCUGGAAUCAGCAGGAAAAAUGACAAGAAUGAAAGACUCCUGUAUUCUUUACCAUCUCAGUUUGGAAAAUGCAGAGCAAAGGAAACUGGAUACAGCACUUCACUAUGCUUCACGCUUGUUGAAACUGGAAACUGGAUCUAAUAUUAAAGGAUGGUUACUGUUGGCCAGGAUCUUAUCUGCUCAGAAACGGUAUGUAGAUGCUGAAGCUGUUAUUAGUGCUGCCUUGGAUCAGACCGGGAAAUGGGAUCAGGGAGAGCUGUUGAGAACUCAAGCUAAACUUCAAAUUGCACAGGGUCAUUUAAAGGGUGCUGUUAAGACAUAUGGGCAUCUUCUCGCCAUUCUUCAAGUUCAGACUAAAAGCUUUAGUUCUGGGAAGAAGUCCCGUAAGGGCAAUGGAAACCCUACUGGAAGUUUGGAACUGGAAGUUUGGCAUGAUCUGGCUUCUGUCUACAUAAGCCUAUCACAGUGGAAUGAUGCUGAAGUUUGUCUUUCCAAAUCUAAGGCCAUUAGUUAUUACUCAGCUUCAAGAUGCUAUACAACUGGAAUGCUUUAUGAAAGCAAGGGCCUCCACAGAGAAGCACUGAAAGCCUUCACUGGUGCCCUGGAAAUUGAUCCCACACAUGUCCCAAGCUUGGUAUCUACAGCUGUGGUUCUUAGACGGCUCGGAAACCAAACAAAUGAAAUAGUGAGAUCCUUUCUAAUGGAUGCUCUACGGCUUGACAGAAUGAAUUCAUCUGCAUGGUAUAACCUGGGUUUGCACUAUAAAGCUGAGGGCAGUGCAUCUUCCUUUCAAGAAGCAGCUGAAUGCUUCGAGGCUGCAGCCUUUCUUGAAGAAUCAGCACCAGUUGAACCUUUCAGAUGACCAGAUCUAUUGAGAAGUGACAAGUUUCAUUACUCUGCAUUCUUUGGUAUUUUGGCGAGAUACGUUUUUUCAUGAGUUUUGUAUAUUGUAGCAUUUCACACAAUAAGAAUUAAAAAAGAAAAAAAAAUAUGAAAAAAUCUUAUAUUC